CCCGUUUUUUUAUGGGAUAAGCGAGCAGAUGGAUCACCUGAUGGUAAGCAAUCGGCGUCGCCCAUGGACACACCUGGAACACAAAAGGCGUUACAAGUGCGUUACCGGCCUUUGGGGAUUAGGAGUUAGAGGAUUGUUGGGAAUUCAGGGAUUGGGGAGAUUGGGAAAUGUGGGGGGAGAGGGUAAUUGGGCCUCCGGUAACCUCACUCACGCGACGAAACACAACGCAAGCGUUGUUUCACGUCGGUCUUCUGCUCGGCCGUGGUAUCAAUCCGGUCGAGCCGUCCCAUUCAUGUCGAAGCAUGGCUCUCCCACACUUACAGUCUAA